UCUGGAGUAUGACUGGCAUUGAACCAUCUUUUACUCACUCUAUAGCAUCAAUAUAUAUACUCUGCUUCACUCAAUUAGUUACCACUUCUUUCAAAAUAUUGAGCUUCAAUGCAAACAGUAUAUUUAGCUUCAAUGACACUAAAUUAUUUUAUGAUAUGAAUCAGGAUUACUUUAAGGGGGUUCAUGGUGCUGCUGGUUUCUUUGCAAUCUUAGUGUUAUUGUUUCUGAUUGUUCUACCAACACUUUAUAUACUCUUUUAUCCAUUCAAAUGGUUUCAUAAGUUAUUUGAUUGUUUACAUUUGAGGAAACAGCUACUGAUAUCACUGGGUGAUGUGUUUACUGGUCCUUAUAAGAAUGGAACUGAGAAUACUUAUGAUUAUCGUUUCAUGGCUGGACUAUACCUACUGGCAAGAAUAAUCAUUUUGAGUCAAUUCAUUUAUGGAUAUUAUUCCAUAAUUUCAAUACCAAUUUCUCAAGCUUGCUGUUCCUUCUUACUAGCAGUAAUAGUUAUCAUCUUUCGUCCUUUCCAAAGAAAUGUUCAUAAUUUUGCUGAAUUUCUUAUCCUGUUUGUAACAACAAUUUUUGGAUGCACAAGCACUGUUAAUUCUAUUCUUAUCUCAAAGUCGGUUAAAUCUGAUAUUGUUUUUGUAAUAAUAUUAAACAUUUUUCUAUUUCUACCACUAAUUAUCAAUGGUCUAAUUUUUGUCAUUAUUAUACCAGGUUAUAUAAUCUACCAGGUAUACAAAAUGAUAAAAUCAUGUUAUCGUUAUCAUAAAAGAAAUAAUCCAGUGGCUAACAGAAAUCAAGAAGAAGACCAUCAGCCAUUAGUUGGUAAUGAUGAUGAUUGGAUUGCUGAUCGUAUGGAGAAUCCACAAGAAUAUGAUGAACAACAUGUUCCUGGUAGAAUGGAUGAUGUAUCUGAAGAGGAUCAACAACCCGCCUUUACUAGAUAUAUUGCUACAGCUGCUACUUAUGGCAGUAUUAAUGAAGAUACUCAUCGAAAUUAAAAUAACAAUUUUCGGUUAGCUUCUUAGUUAAUAUUAAACUCUGCUUUGUGUAGGCUUUGAUUGCUUUUGUUGCUAUUUUUUUGAAAUUGCCCUUUCAAAAUGUGUCAGCCAUUAA